AUGCGCAAGGCGUUGAGCAAGUUCAAGAGCAAGGCUCACUGGGGGCAUACUCACGACCAAGAAAAGAACAAAGAUGUGCUAGCUCCUCCGGCCAUAGAGUCUGAACAUGCGCCCACGCCUGAAAAGUUACCUGCAGCCCCUGUCGAAGAAGCAGUGAACGACCGUGUCAUUGCCGACGAAAAGCCCCAACCCGAGCCCAUCGCCAGAGAUCUUUGGCAGGAUGCUCUGGCCCAAUUAUCCCCCUCCAGUCGGGAGACUUUGAAGAAGAUGGGUCUGGACCAGAUCAGAUCAGUUUCUGCCGACUCCACAAUCAAGGAUCUGGCAGGUGUUGUGAACGACAGACAAGAAGAGUGCGAAAAGAAGUUCUGGAAAGUCUCCUUCGGCGGCGAAGACAUUGUCCUGCGAGACUAUACAAGCCGUAUCAUCGGCUGGUUAGAAAAAGCUGGAGACGUUGCCAUUCAGUUUGCACCCACGCAGGCUAGUUUGGCUUGGGAUAUUGUGAAGAAUUUCAUGGAGAUCCCCGUGGCUGAAGGCGCCCAAAUGUGUGCGCUUCUUGGCACCACCGAGAAAGUCGUCCGCAUUAUCAGUCGCGGACAGGUAUAUGAGCAAGUCUACCUCUCGCAGACCCCUGGCACAUCUCUGGGCGACCAUCAGAGGAAUCUCGAGUCCGGCUUGUUGAGGAUCUAUGCCACCGCGCUAGAGCUGUUAGCAGAGUCUGGAAAGCUCUUCUCACAGAAUACCGCUAGACGUACUUUGGAGGCCAUCAUCAAUCCUGGCAAGAGUGUUGGAGCCCUUGCAGAAAUUGCAGAGCAGGAAGACGACCUUCUUCGCGAUGUUCAAGUUUGUGAAACGAAGCGCAGCUCGGAUUCUGACAAACGAGUGAUUGGAAUGCUGGAGACUUUCAACGAUCCUAUUUUCCGGAUUGAUAAAGGUGUCAACAAAGUUCUCAAGCACUUGGUUGACUCGACGUAUCAAGAUACUGGAGUGGAUAUCCACGAGGACUUCCUUUCCUGGGAAACCCAAAAAGCCUCGGCACUCUUCUGGCUCCAAGGAUCUGCUGGCACUGGAAAAACAUACCUCACAUCCAGUGUUGUUGAACGUGUUCGCACUAUGCUCAGUGGAUCGCUUGAAGUUGAGGGACUUGCGUACUUCUACUGCAACCGCAGCGAGUCACAACGCGGACGGUAUGAACAUAUCCUCCAAAGCUUUGUUCGACAGCUAUGCACCCCCGCGCAGAGGCCUGAAAAAAUGCAGAGUAAAAUCAAGAAAGCCUAUGAAGUCGCUCGUGAUAGGGGCACUGAUUUCCAGCCGGAACAGUGUAUGGAGCUCAUCCAGGAAUGUUUGGAUGGAUACGGAAGAACGACCCUCAUCAUUGACGCUAUGGAUGAAUGCGACACACGCUCGCGAUCCAAGAUACUUAAAGGUCUGAACUCAUUCCUGGUCAAUUCCAAAAACCCAGUCAAGAUCUUCAUUUCAAGCCGACCGGAUUCCGACAUUAGGAACCGUCUCAAGGACAGCCCCACCAUCGCUGUCUCCGCCAGCUCCAACCAACGCGAUAUAAAAUUAUACCUUGAAACCGAACUUGAAGAAAUGGCGAACGACCGAACUUUCCUGAACACAGGUACGGUGAAACAGACCGCGGUUGAAAGGCUGCUCGAACGCUGCCAAGGGAUGUUCCAAUGGGCGGCUCUGCAAAUCAAGCAGCUCAUGGAAUAUCCCUCAAAGCUAAGUUUCAUGAAGCGACUCGACGACCUCCCGGAAGGUAUACAGGCGGCAUAUGAUGAAGUUUGGGAUUACAUUGAAACCUUGGAUGAGUCCGACAAGACAUUCGCCAAGCGAGCCCUGCUAUGGACCAUGUCCACGCACAAGCCGUUUUCUAGCACCGAGCUCCUUUCGGCCAUUCGUAUUGACUCAAAUGGCGACAUGCUCCCGCUGGAGAAUCAAAUAGACGAACAAGGGCUUCUCUCCCUGUGCAAAAACUUCUUGACCAUUGACACUCAAUCUGAUGUUUGGCGAUUUACACAUCUGUCAGUUGUCGAGUAUCUGGAAACCAAAGAAGGAUGGUCCCACCCAAAGGUUCAUUACCAUGCUGCCAGUGCCUGUCUUUCAUAUUUCAUCAAUACUUAUGAUCGUGACUUUGCUGAGUUGCCCCCUCAAACUUUCGAUCUUGACACAGAUAAAGCUGUGGAAUCAAAAGACAUCGUGGAUGCAGACAAAGAAGUUGAUCCUGCAGAUCUGGAGGAAUCGGACGACGGCUUUGGCAGAUAUCAUCCCUUCCACAUUUACAUGAGACAAUGCUGGAUGCACCAUGUCCGUGAAGCCGAUGACACAAAGGACAAGAACCUCGCUACUCUCCUGAAGAAAUUCCUUGGCUCCCCUGAGGAGAGCUCUUCGCAAUACAGAAAGUGGUUCAAUGUACUCUACAAGGAUGGCUGGUUCUUUUUUAAAACCACACGAGAUGCCACCUGGUUCUACGAGACGAGACACUUUGGAAGUGCAAGUGCUGGCGAUGUCAUCCAUGACAUCUUUGAUGAAAAGUUCGCCAUCUUCGGAGUGUGUCGUAUGGGACUGGAGAACAUCGCGUCUGAGUGGCUAGAUGGUGCUAACUUUGACGUCUCUCGAGUGAAUACCCGUGGGCACAGUCUGCUAGCCCUUGCUGUCAUGGCUGGCUCAGUGCCGAUCUGCAAGAUGUUGGUUGGAAGUGGUGCAGAUGUCAAUCAGAGGCUUGAAACAAACAGGAGAUUUGGAAGUGCGCUUCGGACCGCGGUAUCCCUCAAGAACACCAAUGUCGUUGAUUACCGCCGACAUCAACCUGCUGUCACAGAAUGGGACAUUGAGAUGACUAAACUCCUCCUCCAAAAGGGGAGAGCCGAUUUCAACAUGGGCUACCCCGAAAUCGAAAACUACAAUAUUCUCGUUAAAGCUUAUAGACAAGAUUGCAGGAUGAGCGGUCUUGGGGAGACUAGUCUUGAGUUUGUCAAACUUAUGUUGAAGGCCGGCGCUGAUGUUAAUACAACAUUCGCCUCAGAGACAGAGAACAAAGGUCUGCUCCCUGAACUGAUUGCUAGAGGUGACGUGGAGGGGGUGAAGUAUCUUCUCGAGGAGACCGAGGAUGAUAUCAAAAAGCGACAUGGAGAGGACGGACUCUAUCCUAUCGAGAUCGCAGUUGAAGACUUUAACGGAGAGACUGACCUCGAGGUUCUCCGUCUUUUGUGUGAAGCAGGAGCAGAUGUCAAUUCUUUCUCGUCCAACGGUAGACAUGACAGCGUUCUUGCUGGAGCAUGCUCGCCCCAUCGUUAUUUGGCAAUGGACAAUGGAAAGGAGAAUCCCAAAGCUGUCGCUAUUGUUCUGAAUGCAGGAGCCGUUGUGGAUACACAGCUUACGCAUGGUGAAUAUGGCAGCGCACUUGCAGUGGCAGCAAAAGAAUCUCAAGGGACUGAAAUUUUGCAAUUGUUGCUUGAUGCCGGAGCAGACGUGAACAUGCCACUGGAAAAUGAAUCAUAUGGCAGUGCUAUCCUGGCAGCCCAAGAGGACGAUUCGGACGACUACGAGAAAGGGAUUCUGCAGGCUUUGGUCGACGGUGGUGCAACCAAAACCUCACACCAUUCAACCGCAAGAUAUAGAAGUGCAUUGAUUGCAGCUUCAUGUUUUGGCCAAUAUCAAGCUGUGGAAUACUUGAUAAACGCAGGCGUGGCUGUUGAAGAUGAGCACUCUGGGGAUUACACCACUGCAAUUGAAGCCGCUGAAGCACCAUUCUCAGAGGCCGACAAGGCUUGCAUUGUCAGAUUCUGCAAAUACAACGAAGCCUCGGCCGAGGCACUUCUCGAAACAUGGGGUAAGCAGAAGGGUGAUGUCUUUGAACUUCUCAAAGAGGCUAUGCCACCACCUGAAGUCAUCGAGUAUCGAAAAUCAAACACUAUUACCGGGACUUGCAGGACUUACACGACGGAGGCGGUCACUUGCUACAGCGAGAUGCAAACCGCUACGUCCUCGGGAGUACCGUGUUUUAAAAUCACUGUUGGACCCAAGCGCUUAAGAAGUGGUAAAUACAUUGUCUGA